AUGUGGUCUACAUACGUCGUCAUUGCUGUCUCCUUGGCUUGCGCCCAUGGAUAUUCUUCAGGAGCCCCUGAAAGCGUGUGCCAAGAUAUGGUGCCAAAGCACCCUGUACCUCCACAAAGCACUCCUCCUCCGUAUACCAUCACAACCAGUACCAAGACGGUGAAAGCUGGUACUCCAAUGGAGGUUGUGAUCACCGGCAAGAAGACAACAGACAAAAUGCGUGGUCUGCUGCUUCAAGCUCGAGAAGGUACCAAGAUUGUCGGCAAGUUCACUUUAGCACCUAACGACUCCUUCGCACAACUGCUCAACUGUGGCGAGCCUGGUAACGCUGUAACUCACAAGAAACACGAUGAGAAGAACGACAAGCAGACAGUGGCUUUCACAUGGACUCCUCCCAAAGACUUCGUCGGUGAUAUUAAGUUCAGAGCAACCAUCGCACUCAACGGUGCAGUAUUCUGGGUCGGUGUAGAAUCUGCCCCAGUUAAAGUUGUCAGUUAA